AUGGCGGAUGUCUCAAGCGACGACCGAAAAGUAAAGUUAACAAAAAAUGGCAAAGUUGUUAAAAGACGGCUGCGAAAUCCAGAAGAAUGGCAUAAACAAAAACAAAAACGUUUGCGUAUAGCUGGACUAGAAUACAUAAAUGCAAAUGGUAAAGUCGUUCCACCAAAACAACCAGGGCCCGACUGCAAUUGUCGCCGAAAAUGCUUUCAAAAAGUCCCAGAAGACAUUCGCCUAAAAACAUUUCAGGGGUUUUAUUCCAUGAAAACCCACGACGAACAGAAUGCUUACCUCUUUGGUCUAAUGAGACAGGUUGAUGUAAAACGGAAAAGAGUCAAAUCAAGUAGUAGACGUACUUGUACCUUUGAAUACUUUAUAAGAGUGAAAGGACGAGAAACUCAAGUAUGUCAAACAGCUUUUAAAAACAUUCAUGCCAUCACAGAAAGGAAAGUUAGAGUUUUAUGCAAGAAAAUGGAUGAUGGGGUCAUGUUUCCCAGCGACAAUCGAGGAAAAAACAGUCACAGAAGAUCUGGCGAGGUCCGGCUCCCUAAAGGUGUCAUUGAACAAAUUAAAACUCACAUUUACUCAAUUGUGCACACACAUAGGUUAAAGGAUUUUAUCAGGCUUGACAAAAUUGCAGGCUUAGAAAUUAAUAUAUCUAAAAUGUGGAAAGAUUAUAUAAAGACAUUUGAUCCUGAAAACAUUUCAGCCACUAUGCCUAAAUCUAAAAGAAGUCUAGAAGGUCAGAGUGAGCAAACACAGACACCUCAACAUGUACAUCCUCAAGAGUCUUUUGGAUCUAUUGCCACAUAUUCUGGAAGUGGACACCUUGUUAAUAUAGGCGACAACUAUUUUGAAAGUCAAUAUCAAACUGCCUCAGCUGCUUCUAAUGCAUCAAACUUUUAUCCAUCCCAAAAUGGAUCUCAAGGGAUGGGAAUAAUUUUGCAAUCAACUGUUACUAGAACUACUCAACCAACAGCAUUUAUUUUACUCCAAACAAAACCUGAGCCUCAACAAGAGAAUUCAAUUGCCAUCAGCAACACUCCAUACAACCAAAAUGAGUUUAUGAUUCAAGAUAAAGUAGAUAAAAGCAUGAUUACUGAUAAAAAAAUAAAAAAGGAAAGAAAAAGGGGUCCGCUUGUGAAACAGUGGAGAUAUACCAAUAUAUUCCAUGAUGAAAUAAAUGGUGCAGCAUUAGCAGCAAUUAAAACAAGACUUGGUAUGUAUUAUGCUGAGAGUGAUGCUGCAAGGAAAAAAGCCAAGGUUCGUCCCCAAGAAACUGUUCAGACACAAACUCCUGAUCAAAAUCAUGUGCGAACGGAAAACCUUAUAAGGACCGAUAAUCAGAUGAGGACCGAUGUGACAUUUGUCACACCGAUCAGGCCUUCACAUGAAACAAUGCGACCUAUUGUUACAAUAUACACAUAG